AUGCCAGACGGCUACUCCAGGGUGACGUGGGUGGAGCACGUGGAGGCGGACGACAUGAUGGUGCACGACCUGUACCGUCCCCUGGUAUGCUCUGGGCUGGCGUUCGGCGCACGGCGGUGGGCAGCGGCCCUGGAGCGGCAAUGUGAGCGCCUUGCCAGUGCCAUGGCCAGUGGCGUCCCGGCAGGGCCUUCCAGUGGUGGAGAUGCUGUAGGUGUGGUGACAUCAGCGGAGGGACGCCGGAGCAUGCUCCGGCUGGCAGAGCGGAUGGUCGCAAGCUUCUGCAGUGGUGUGACUGCAUCGACGACGCACCAGUGGACUAAGCUGUCAGGCAGCGGCGCAGAGGAUGUGCGCGUGAUGACGCGCAAGAGCGUGGACGACCCCGGCCGCCCGCCCGGCAUCAUCCUGAAUGCUGCCACCUCCUUCUGGCUUCCUGUGCCCCCGGCGCGUGUCUUUGGCUUCCUCCGGGACGACGCCACCCGCAGCGAGUGGGACAUUCUCUCCAACGGCGGAGAUGUGCAGGAGAUGGCUCAUAUUGCCAACGGCCGUGACCACGGCAAUGCGGUCUCGCUCCUCCGUGUCAACGAGUGCUGCACAGAUGCAACGGGGUCGUACGUGAUCUACGCGCCGGUGGACGUGGUGGCCAUGAACGUGGUGCUCAACGGCGGUGACCCAGACUACGUGGCGCUUCUGCCAUCAGGGUUCGCCAUCCUCCCUGACGGGCCUGGUGCAUGUGGUGCGCCACCAGGGUUUUCUGUCCUCCCCGACGGGCCUGGUAGUGCAGGUGGUGGCGGUGGCGGAUCGCUCCUCACCAUGGCAUUCCAGAUCCUGGUCGACUCAGUGCCCACUGCCAAUUGCCCUGGCAAUGGCACAGGGAAAACGAAAAAGUUCAAACGCCCAUACAAGCCCAAGGACAACUGA